AUAAAAUAUUUUGUAAUGACUUUAAAUAGCGACCAGCAUUGCUUAACUCUGUAUGUACCCUUUUCUCAGAUUGUCAUGGCAAGUUCAAAACCUGCAAGACUGAAGGUGAUUCUAGGAGAGAGCAACACUGAAAAACUGACUCUUCCAGAUGGCAUACCAGACUCUCUGGAUGAGCUUCUCAGCAAGGUGAAGGAUACCUUUGGUUUAAAGACCAAUGUCAGAUUGCAAUAUAUGGACAAAGAGUUUGGUAAUGACUUCUUCAACCUCAGCUCAACUUCAGACCUGGAGGACUUGGGAACAGUCAAGGUGAUUCAAGAAAAAACCAUUCAAACUUUUGUUGAUGUCAUUGAAACAGCUUCAUCUUGUUCUACAGUUCACUCUGACGACAGCAGUUCUUUAGCCUCAAAUGACAGUAUAAUCCUCUCCUCCCCUGAAUCCUUGCCAUCGCGAACACAACAAUGGCCAGCCAACUUUCCCAUUCCCAUAUUUUCAUAUGACACUGAACAUAAGCUAGAGAAGGGGAAUUCUGAGUAUCAAGCAAACAACAAAAUGUUGACGGUCACCUCCCGAAUGAAGACUGACAUCCUAAAUAGAUUAGUAGAAGAGAUCUACAGAUACAGAGCCUACCCAGAGGAUGCACAGUUCUGUGUAGUUGCAGAGGCCUUGGUUAAAAAACAUCCGUGUUUAAAAGAGCCCGGUUCAUUCAAUGGUUGCUACGGUUGGAAGCAAAGGCUGAAGUACAAAUGGGAAACUACAGGACUCUACUCAAAUCACAAGGAUGUCCAGAGUUGUCUGUAAACUCUCUUAAAUCCAAAGUUAGUAUUUCUGUUUCUCCUGCUGCAAAAAUAAAGAAGCCAAGACGAGCUGAAGCCAACUUUUAUCCAUCCUUUCCAUUGGGAGAAACACAAGAAAGCAUGGAAAAAGAGAGAAUUGAACUCUUGGCAGCAAUCAAAAGGCGGAACAAUGACAGGGUCAUUGCGGAGAAAAUGGCUCGUACCUUUGCCUACAGGCGUCAGGAGGUGGUGAAUGAAGAACCUGGUAUAGAGGAUUUCAAGGACAGAUGGCCUGCUCUGUUCCAACAGAAAGAGAUUAAUGCGGAGUUCCAGAGGCUCAUGGCUCUUUCCCUUGAGCAGACUUUCUUGGCCCAGUUGGACAGGCACUCAAGUCAGCUGAUUAAAGUCAUCCAGGCCAAAGGAGGAGCAACACGUGCAAAAAUGGCUGGCAUCAUGAUAACUUAUGAUGAGGUUGAAGACAUUGGGAUUCGAAGGGAAUGUGUUCUGAAAGGGCUCAUCACCUUUCUUGGAGAGGAUGCAAAAUACCUUAUUAAGGAAUACUGUGGCAGCAGCGGAGAUGAUGCCCAGAUGGAACUCAAACAACUCACCAUGGCAGUGUUUGUGAUUCGGAAGGAGGGAGAGGGAUUGAAAGAACCCCCAGAAGACAUUGGCAUCGUCAUUGUGGGAGUGGAGGUGUUGCAGGACCUGACUUCAGUUGCCUCAGCAUGUGCCCUGCUUCUGGGUUUGAUAUAUUCCCUUAACCUGGCUUAUCCAAAGGCUCUGCGCUUCACAUUUGAAGUGUUCCAAAAAAUCUUCAUGCAGCUUGAGCAGCACAAGAUGUCUCCCAAAGUUCAAAAUUUGUUUGGAAGACUUCAGACCUCACAGUAAAGACACUGGCAUGGUGUGCAACAGGACAGAAGAUCUUCAGUCUUCUUUGUUUGGACAGAAGAGCGCCAUGUUUUGGAAGCUUAACACCUGAAGGAACUGCACUUUGUGAACUUCUUUUGGGACAUUGUUCAUAUUAAAGCCACAAGUAAUACACAGUUUACUGGGUAACAAUUGUGACUGGCAUUUCUGGAGGAUGUUUGUUGCUCUUGUUUUCAGUGUAAAAAUAGUCACUACUGUCAUUAUAUUUUGUCAAAAACAUGUUCUCAGCAAAUGUUAUGGUUUAAGAGUGGAUUUUCUUUUUUAGGAGGACUUGUGUUAAAUCUAAAAAAACACAUUUUUUUUCCUGAGGAAUACUUCUGGAUUCUACAACCUCACACAGGGGUAUCCAAGUCUUGUCCAGGAGAGCUACCAUUGUGCAACUUUCAGAUGGACCCUAUUUCAAUACCACCUGAAGCUAAUUUCUGAAUUCACACACCAGCAGACAUUCAGCUCAGCAGAGGCGUUGAAAUGAACAGUUCAUUUGAUUCAGAUAUAUUGGAGAUGGGAUGCAUCUGAAAGUUGCAGGAUGAUGGCUCUCCAGAACAGGACUUGGGCACCUCUGAUCUAGCAGGUUGCUGACUAAAAAGGUUUAAGUAUUCAAAAAUACAACCCCAAUUAAGCAGAAAAGUAAUAUCCCUUAUGACGUUUCAAAAAAUCUGUGUAGCAUGUUUAAUGCAUAAUAUUUUGUGAAAAACCUGUAAGUUUGUGAUGCUUUCACAAUAAAAUUUA